AUGUAUAGUACAAACGAAGCUGUAGAGAUUUCCCAUGAGGCCGAGGAAUAUGCAAAUAUUGGAGACGGAUUGAUGUUUGCAGACAAGAAGACGUUUCAGGCCCCGGUCUGUGAGUUGCGAUCAUGGCUAGCGACCAGUUGCUCUUUCUCACAAUGACACUACCGGUACCAGAAUUCAAGUCGUGGCAAUGGAAACGCAAACUUCCAAAAUCAUCAGGAACAAAUGUCAGCAAGAUCUCACGAGAAGCGGUGGCAUGUUAAUGAUCGUCCAGCUACAUGUGAGAGUGGGUGGUGACAGGUGAGGAGGGGGAGAAUGCGACCUGGAGUGGGGGGGGGAAGGAGGGGUGUCAGCCGAAGGGAGAGAUACGGUGGUGGAGGGCCGCGGGUGUGGAGGUGGACGAGGCCAGAGAAUCGGAGUCGGAGGCAGAUGAUGGAGAGACGGAACAUGAGAAAGGGUAGAACCGCAGAGUCAGGGCACAGAGAGUCGCGAGAGGUGGAUAGAAAGAGACGAGGGGAGAAAAUUGUGUCGGAGAGCCUCAAACGGAAAGAUGGAUGGGGUUAGAAUACCUGCGACAUAGCCCCCGGAGUGGAGAGACCGAACAGGAAAAGGGGUGCAGUCGGAGAGACUGGAACGGAGAGAAUCGGAAUGGGAGAAUAGGGUACCAUCGAAGCAGCUGAGUAGAGUGUGAAAAGAAGGCAUGGAGGUGGAGAGACGGAAACGGAGAAAGGGUGGAACCGAAGGGACCGAAACGGUGAAAUGUAGAGUGAGGCGCAGGGAUGGGGAGACGGAAUGGGAGAAGGGAUGCAACCGAAGGAAUUAGAAUAGGAGACUGAGGCUCGAGGAUGGAGAGACGGAACCAGAGAGGGG